AUGGGUACCCAUAUUUUCUUCUGCAACAACUCAUCACGGCCUCUCUCGCUUAUCAAACUUUCUAGAUCAUGUCUCUACACGCAAGUCAAGAGUUACAGCGAAAGUGGAAAAGGCCGGAAGAAGAGUGAAAAUAAAGGUAACGGUCACGAAAUAUUAAUAGAACAGGAGAGAGCGUCAUCGACGGCUGACGAGUUCAAAAAGGUGGCGGAGGAAAAAGUGAGGAUGGCGACGGAGCAAGGGGUAAGGAACCAGACGGUGGAGAAGACAUUUGAUGCCACCGGAGAAGCCAUUGAACAUGCAGACGUUGAAUCUGCGAGGAAGAGUUAUAGUCAGCAUGAAGGCGGAGCAAAGCAUCAUAAGAGUGAAGAUGAUUAAUGAUGAUGAAUAUUUUUUUACUAAAUUAAUUAGAA